GUUGCCGCCCACACACCGCAUCUCCUUGAAAGCAUACACACAAGCAUCUAGGAUUGCUCUUACAGAGUGGAGGUUGUGUUUGCCGAGAAUCGUCUAACCCCCUUUUUAAUCCGUUCUGCCUCAGCCGUACCGCUGACCCGCUUCUCCUGCUCCUCUAACGCUUCCGUGUCUGGGACUGAACUCGCUCCCUGGGUAAGUUUAGGAGAGUCUCCUCUGCUGUUUUUCUCGGUUUGCGGCUGCGUAGCUUACGACUUCAUACACCCACACCCAAAUAAAAAGAGAAAGGCACCCGAGCCGAAGUACAAACUGUGACGGCGGAGUCUUAAGCACCUCAACGCCCGUCAACGACUUCUCCACUUCUCACAUCCAGGCCACGACGGUGGUUCGGCAAAUAAAUUAUUUCUAAAGGAAAGACCAAAAGAAACCCAAAAGUUUCAGUGGCCUCUUUUUGCUUCUUCUUCUAAUUGUUUUUUUUUUUUUUUCGAACGACAUUGAGUGGUGUGAAAGAGCUCCUUGUUCACUCCCACAUUAGUCUUGUUAGCGCCUUCGCCGUAUUUAAAGCUGACGCGCCUUCGGCACCUUUUCAGAGUAGUGGGGAAGGAACCAAUAUCAAGGGGUCGUUGAUUCCCGCUCGUUUCCGCCCCUCGUGAGCGUUUUGUGCUGUCUAUAAGAGUUUGCUGCCGCAGCGUCGCACCCAUCGGAGGUGAAUCCUCGCCGUUCCUGCUGUUGCGCCGUUGCCUGUUGGUUUGAUUCGUAAUGUCCACCGACGCACCCAUCACUGUCGACUCACGCAGCGGCGACGCGGCGCUGCGGCCCGUCACGCACCGCACGAAGCACCGCAAGGAGGUAAAGCGGUACCACCAGCGCCAGCAAAACAAAAAGCUUCGUGAGGAGGCAAAGGCACGCGACGCGCAGCUUUUCCUCUUCGAGCGCAACGCCAACGCCGAGGUCGACAGCGCCGGUGCGACGGCCGGCAAGGAGACGAGCACCGCAGCAGCAGCAAAAAACGAAGCGUCGCAGCCUCGUGCGGUGAAGGGCACGGACACCGUGAAAACUAUUACGCAGCGCAGCGAUGCCUCCGGUACGAGGGGGGAAGCCGCACCUGUGGCAUCGCCACAGGCAAAUCAAGUAGCCGCCCCGCUGCUGCCACUCGCGACGAGCAGCUGGGACUUUGAGUUUGCGCUGCGCAAGUCGACGUUCGUAGAGCCUGCCGGUGCCAAUGACGACACUGCAGCGGCGAAGGCAUCUGUGAAUUUGGCGCCAAAUGAGACAGCGGAGGGCAAGGAGGCAGCGGCGGCGCAGCACGCACUCGUGAGCGCCAACACCCGCAGCCUCACCGCCUUUCCCACCCCACCGCCCCAUCAAACCUCUCUUGUCACCGCCGCACGUUGCCCCCCGCGCAGCUUCGCCGACCACGCCGCGGAGCAGCGCAACCGACCGAGUGGAAACUCCGAGCCGAUCAGCGUGCUGCCCGUUGACACCGCCGUGGUGGGAUCGAUCAAUAAGCUGCUCAGCAACGCACACGUGCAGCGGGUGGACGGGGUGGCGGCGGUGCCGAUGGAGGCCCCGCUGAGCGCCGGCACCGAUCUGAACCGCCCGCCGCGCACGUAUUUGACGCUCGACCCGAUUUUCAACGUUCAUCAACACGCGCCGGGCUUCGUGCGAGAUCAGCGUGUGGCCCUGCAGCACAUGUUGGCCACUUCGAUGGCGAACUGGAAGGACAUGCAGCAGAACGCGCUGAUUGUGACGAGUGCGGAGGCGGUGCGGACCAUCUUCGAGCAAGUAUACGUUCCAUCCCGGCCGCUGGCGAUGCGAGUGCGACGUCUGGGCCCCACGAUCGUCAUCGACUCCCGCGCGUCGCAGCCGUCGCAGGUGCUCGAGAUGCGCCAACAAGCUCUCUUCAGCAAAGCGCUGUACCUCAUGAAGGAGACGCACGGUCGUGACACGGCGGCUGAGGAUGCGGCCACGACUGCUCAGAUGGCCCUCGCCGUGCCGGAGCGGCGGCUGUGCAGCGUCUCCGCCUCCGACCCGUCACACUUUGGCGCCAACCUGCACCGCUACUCGCAGCUGCUACGCUGGCGCAUCGACUCGACGGAGCUGCUGGUGGGGAAUGACGCGCCGGUGGUGCUGGACCAGCGCACGGGCACGGAGCAGCUGGUGCGCAUCAAAGCCGCCGAUCAGUCCGACUCCACCGACACGGAGCAACGCGAGACGCUGCAGUGCUGGUUUGAUGCGACGCUGGCCAACGUGUCGCACGUCGGCACCUACCUGCACUGCGACGGCGUGCUGCUGAACUACCAGGUACGGAAGACAAACGAUCUGCUUGGGUACGUGGAGGCGCGCCUGGCAGGGGCGGCGCUUAACUUCACGAGCACGACGCUGCAGUGGCUCGUGAAGCACUGCCAGCGGGACGGCGGCACGUACGCGAUGUUCCGCGACUUCACCGAGGACUGCCUGAAACUGUACGAGUUGCCGGAGAUGGACGACACGAAGGCCUUCAUGGAGGAGACGGAGAAACAUUUUUCUGCCUCGCCGGCCCAAGCAGAUCCACAAGGCCGGGGCGGCGCAACGAGUCACAUCGGGGGCACGGAGAGCCCCUUCGCACGCUACCCGAGCAACGCCCCGCACCUCAAUCGGUUUAGUUUGAACUUUGGCCGCACCUGCCUCAACAUCGGACAGCACCUGUAUCGCGAGGGUGGUGUGGGCAGGGCGAAGGACGCCCUAACGCUGCUGCAUCGCUGUCUGCGCGUUUUCCUGCCGUGCUGCGUGACGGAGACGGUUGCGCGGGAGGCGGUGGUGGACGUGGUUCAGAUGCUGCCCGCCCUCGUUGCACGCAAGAUGCAGGCGGAUGCGAACUCGACCGCCACCGCAGCUGCGUCGUCGUGCAGUGGGGCAAACAAUAGCAAUGGCAGCAGCAAUGGCAGCUGUGUUCCGUGCAACAACAGUGCGAAUAACAGUCUCGGCAACGCAGGCGCGGAGAAAACCCCGGCCGGCUUCGUGACGGCGUCGUGUUCGUCACCCGAGCUGUACCGCGAUGCGCUGCUGCUGUGCGGCAAGUUUGAUAUUCCCCUUCGGCGUGCCUUUGUGGAGACGGGAGGGAGCGCGGGAGACCCGCUCAUGCAGGCGUUUUACGCGCGCUGCUUGGUGGCGUCGAGCGCGGCGGUGUGCACGGUGGUGGCCGCAUCGCUUGAGGCGUACUACUGCGGCUGCCACCACCUGCGUGUGAUGCGGAAGGCGCGCAGUGAGGCGAAGUCCAAGGACGGCAAGAGCACCGCCCUGCGGGGGGUCGAUCACCGCGAAGACGUCAUGGUGGUGCUCGCCUCCAUGAUUCAGGAUUUGCUGCAGGUGGUAGUGGAGGGUUUGGUCCGCUUGGAGGAGACGAGCGCACUCAUCAGCCCGCUGCACGCAGCAGAGGCAGCAUCAACCACCACUACCACAACAACAACAACCACAGCGGCAGCAGAUAGCCCUUCGACGUUGAAAGUCCCCCAGAGCACAACGAACACAUGGGCAGUGCCAGCGUCAGCGCUGCAAACAUUGAUUGCCGCACCGCCUUCAUCGACUGAGAGAGCGAUUACACGGAAUGCAAAGGGCGCCAAGGAAGAAGCGGGCUCGGUGGGGGACUCCUCGUCGUCGACCGCCUCUUUGGAAUCCGUUCUGUCCCCCGCCAGCUCCGCUUCUGAGGGGGAGGAGGGCACCACGAACACCGCGACCACAAAUGGCAGCAGCAAACACCAUGCGCGUCAGUUGCGCACUUCGUCGCCAGCGCGUGUCGCCGUGACGGCAGCACAAAGCGGCGCCAUCGCAGUCGACGGCAGCACCGUCAGGACGGCACCGUGCGGCACCGUAGUUGACCCUCGCACGCAGGUGGACACAACGCCGCUGCGGUCUGCCCUGUGCGAGCUCUACGGUGAUGUGGUGAUGCUGGCCAUGGCGGACGCAGCAAGCGGUUUUACAACCCGCGCACUGGGCGAGCUCGGGGCUCGUCUGGAGGCCCGGGCGCAGGCGCAGUCCCAGCGACUGCCCACCACCUUGCUGUGGCUAACCGCGUUGAAGCCGGAUGUCGUGAGCCUGUCCUUUACAGCCCUGCGCUUCUACGGCCGUGUCGCGACACACACGCGGCGCCACCUCCUCAAGCUGGCGCAGGUGUACUACCUGGUGGGCAAGGAGCACCACCGCACGGCGCGCUACACAAAGGCGCUGGAGGUGCUGCACCGUGCCAAGUCGCUGCUGCAGGCGUCGCACAAGGCGCCGGAGGAUGUUGUGUUUGGUGACGCCUUCGGCUCGCACGGCUUGAUGCAGUGGGCAGAUGUUAUGCUGCUGCUAGGUGAUGUGUACCGAAGCGUGGUGGAGCGGAAGCUGGAGACGGCACUGGGCGUGGCAGCCAUCACCGUCGCCCAGCCGCUGUUGGUGGGCCCGCUGCAUAACUUACCAGAGGAGGCCGACACCUUCUUCGCCCAGGCGCUAAACGCGUACAAGCAGGGUGGGUCGGACGAAGGCUGCAAGUCGGCCAAGGCCUGCACGCUGCUGCUCUACGCAUCCGUGCUUAUGGAGCGGGUUGCCUUGUCCGGUGAGCCUGCCUCACACGCCGCCUCGCAGCGCAUCGCCGAGCUGCUGCGCGAUUCGGAAGCGUUGGCACCGUCGCUCUAUGUGGCGGAGCGCGAGUGGCAGACGGUGCGCCUCUUCACGGUCACGAGUCCCACCGCGGCCGACGGCGCCCUCACACGGGCUGUGGAGGAAAUUCUUCUGCGCUUUGCGUGCUGCACGUUGCAGCAGGUGCGGGCCACCACAGACGACGGCGCGCUCGAGCCGCCGCCGAAGGAGCCGCUGUGGGUCGAUGCGGAUGUGGUGGACUGCUACGCGCACCGCCGUGAGCGCCACGUUCUGCCACCGCCGUGUUCGAUGAUGGCCGAGACGCAGAAGGCGCUGGCGUGUUGUGUGAUGGUCGAGCGGCUCGCACCGGCGCGUACCGCCGACGUCACGGCGCGUGGCCGGGAAGUGGCGAGGCCCACGGCUCUGGUCACCGCCUCGGAGAGUAAAUACCGCAGUCUGCUGCGCUGGAUCGGCAGAGCCGCCGCUUGUAUGACGACGGCGCUGCAGACCUUCUUGAGAAGCAAAGAUGUCUGGCGGACCGCCGCGGCACGGCAUCAGUGGAUGUCGACGCUGCGGACGUGGGGUGAGCAAACACUCGGGAGCUGUCUGCAUCACCUGGUGUGCAUGAUUACCCUGCGGCUGCUCAAUGCGGCGCAGGGGCGGCUGCCAGGUCCGAAGCAGGCGGAAGCACGCGAGGCCUUCAAGCAGGUAACGAUGAAGCUCGAGGCGGGGUCAGGUGCGAGCGCCGACAGCGAUGAGGCACACGAACUCAUUGUCAAAUCGCUGAAGGAGCUCAACGAAUUGCUGGUGCCCUUCACGGAGUGGUAG